AUGACUGAUAUCUGGGACAGUGCAAGGGGCAGUGAUAUAUGGGAAAUGGUGGAAUAUCCUGAUCCAUUCUCUGUGCAGUAUAGCACAACGUUACCGUUUCAAGGUCAGCCAGAAAACAAUUCAUCCUUAAUCUCGAGUACAAACAGCUAUACUGCAGUCUCCACGGCAUCUUUCUCAACAUGGGAUCCAGAUGUUCUAGCUAAUGACUGUACAGACUCGGAUAGCUGUUCAGACUACGAGAUGCAUUCCAACAGUGGCAACGACGAAGAUUCUGACUGGGAAGAUGUCACGGAGGAUAGUGGCUAUCGCAGGUUUCAGUUUGCUGAUCCAGUGGCCGAGAUGCUGGACUCAGUUGUGCAAAGUGGGGUGCUUCCAAGAGAACACAUAUUCUACAAGCUUGUUUCUGGCGCACUAGAAUAUGUUUCGUAUGACCAUUCGAAGGGAGAGAAAUACCGGUGGGACCCCACUCUGGUACGUUGGGCUAGAUCACUUCUUCGACUUGGUAAAAGUCGAACAUUCAAUUUUGUUCGAGGACCUGGUGGUUUCAAUGCCGGCAAGGACAAAAGAACACACACGUCAAGCAAACGCAUUGAUUUCAGCCGAUUUGGAAUUCCUUUGCCAAGCAAACCAACAGUGCGUCGCAACAAACCUGGCUUUACUACUGCAAGUGGCAUUAUUAGAAACCUCCUUAUGUCCAUUCUGAGGAUCGCCGAUUCACAAAAUGCAUGUUGCUAUGUCAAUAGUUCUACCAUCAAAGCAAUUGCAAUUUCCUUGACGAGAGAUGGUCUUGGCCUUAAACCUAGCCUCGAAUUCGAUGAAAGAAAGAAGGUUCUUGUUGGUUCAACAAAAAAGAUAGAUAUUGAUUAUGUAAGAAAGAAUCCUGCACCAAAUCCUUCGGAACUAAAACAAAGUAUGAUUAAAGAUGCAGACAUUUCCGUUGUUACGACUGUAGACAGAAAGAUCAGUCUUCCCAUUGGGGUUUAUUACGAAGCCGCAGGUCAAACUGGAGAGGAAGUGCUGGCUGAAGUAGAAGAAAUUGCUGGACAUUUACAAACCUGUCUUACCUGUCUUGAAGCUCAGUCAAAGUUGAGUAAUUCAAUCUUAAUUUACAAUUGUGACUGUACGUCUCGCUGUGAGUGUUGCCUUGAAGAAAAGGAAGUUUGUACUACGUGCAAGGAAAAUGGCUUUCAAAGCAUUGAACCCCAGCUCCGCCCUUGUGGAAAAUGCGUAUCUGAUGGCAAAAAGUGUGUGAAGUUUGUGAUAACCAGUUAUUCAUCAGACUGUGAGCAAAAAAACAAAACAGCUUUAGAAAUUAUGCACUCAAGAAAGGAAGCUGAAGCGGAGCAUCGACAAUCGAACCUACGCCUUACAGAGGGAACUCCAGAUGCAGUUCAUGUUGGAAAAUGUCUAAAGGGAAGCCUAGCUAACUGGUGGCUUGUAAUUGAUGACUUUCGUGUGAACUUGGUAAUGUUGCGCACUCUUCGCCAAGACUACAAAUCAGAGAGUGGGAGGGACCUGAGGCAAGCAAUCACACUAGAAUCCGUGAGACACCGAGAUAAGAUGUCAACUGAAUCAGUCGCAGAAAUCUGUAGUGAACGAUGUCUGUCUGUAUUAGAAUCCAUUCAAAGUCGAUGUGAUAAUAUUGUGUACACGCUAGUACCAGAAAAACACCGACACACGGAUGAUAAUAAAGCUAACAUCUUCAAACUUCCAGUCGACCUGGUGAAAGACACCGAGGAUAUGAGCAAAUUGUAUGUAGUAGAUAGCCAGAAAGGAACUCUGGCAGAAGUUCGUCUUCAUUAUCCAGCGGUAGUGAAGGUGGUAGCGACUGGUUACACCAAUCCUAUAGCAGUGGCAAUGGUACACGGAACUGUUAUUGUUGCUGAAAGAAUGGGAAACGUUUACUGCCUAGACCUGCAUUCAAAGUUGCAAGUUAAGGUUGCGACAAUGAAAAAGGCUGACAUGGAAGCAUUUGUCGCAAGACAUAAAGUACACGUUGAUCACCAACAUGCCAAAAAUCAUAGCCGAGAAGAGUUGAAGUCCGCCAUAAAUCAAUUCCUGCAGAGUAAUAAGAAAAGUGUGACUAGCAAGGGAACAAAGUUGGAUCUGGAACCAUGCGUGAAAACACCAGUGGCAGUGACAAGCUUUGCUGAUGAAAUUCUAUUCAUUGCUGAUACUGAAACCAAGAGACUAGUAGAAGUAUAAGAGUUGAGAAAGCUGAUUUUAAGCUAGAGUGUCACGUACGAACGGUCAUGAACUUAAAAGAUAACGUCAAUCCAACCGGAUUAUGUGUCAUUGAGGGACAGCAGAAGCUGUUGCUUGCUGAUUCCGGAAUAUUUGGGGGCCUUCUCGUAAUUAACCUGGAAGAUGGCACAACACAACAACUCUUGAAAAACGGAAGUACCUUGUGUUCCCAGAUUCACGGAGUGAGUUUGAGUGGUCAUUCAGUUAUUUUCACAGACACCAAAUCACACACGUUGAAACGGUUUUCUCUUGAAGCAUCUGUCUUAGAUGGAACGAAGGUAGUCCAGAAAGUCGACACAAUCAUUGGUAAUGGCACAAAUGGAACAGAGGAUGGACUCAUUGGUGUACACUGUAAUUUUCAGGGAGUUAUAAUAACUCCUCUAGUGGGGCUAAUUUAACUCCUUACAGUGGAGUUAUUUUUCGUGGAGUUAUUUUAACUCCAAAAAGGAGUUUAAAGAACUCUUUUUCAGGAGUAAAAGUGACCCCAGAUAUUGAGGAGUUAAAAUAACCCCAAAAAAGGAGUUAUCCUGUACCUAAAAUUUUUACUCCACUUUCAGAGUUAAAUUAACUCCAAAAAGAGUAAAAACAACCCCUGUAAGGAGUACAAGUAACCCCAUUUCGGAGUAAUUUUAACUCCAAGACUGGGAGUAAAAAGAACUCUUUUUCAGGAGUAAAAAUGACCCCAAAUUCGGAGUUAAAUUAGGAGUUAAAAUAACCCCAAAAAAGGGGUUAUCCUGUACCUAAAAUUUUUACUCCAUUUUUGGAGUUAUAAUAACUCCCUAAAAAUUACAGUGUAGCAAGAGUGUCCCACCCAACGGGGAUAACUACUGAGAACGGAACAAUAUUUUUCGUUGACACAGGCAGCAAAAGUGUCAGGCUUAUCACCAAGAUAUCGGCUUUAAUAAAAUACAUCAGAAUAAUGGAAGACAUCUACCGUGCGUUCUAUAUCCAUUCUGACAUUCUUGGUCAUGCGGAGCUGCCAUCACUAUUGAAAGCCGAACAACGCGUUGAGAAAGCCGAGAAAACGUUAACGCAAAUGCUUCAAAAUGCCAAGGCCAAGUUCAAAGUUUCAGGAGUCAUGCAAGGGCCGCAAGGAACCCCAGCCGAAAAGACAGUAGCUUCAGUAACUUUCAUCAAGAACUUCCUUCGUCGCCUUCGGACCCGAUUUAGUGAAGAAUGUGCACAUCUACUCGAAGUUGCCGAUGUAAGAACAUUCCUCACACUUGUCAAUGAGUAUUUUAACAGCGAAUUGCGACAAGUAACAGACACACCCACCGUGCUAGAUUGUGCGAUGAACUUCGUGGAGGCUGCGGAUGAGACCUUAAAGAGAAUUGCCUGGCCUGGAUAUAUUUGCUUUACUCGGGAGAAACAGCACUACGAGUUACCAUCACACUUUUCAAUAAAGUAUGAAGAUUUGCUCCCAGUGCCACAAGAACCAACUACGUUCCUGAAUAAGGAGGACAUCAAACGUCUUAACGAUUGGAGAAAUGAGUUUGGACGAGGGGUUAGGCAACAGUCGGUCCGAAAUUCUUUCACGAAAGACAAAGCCGGUACUCUCCCCUUUUACAUGUACAUGUCGGAAGAGUCGGAAGAGUCAUACAAAAAUGCUGAAGAACAAGCUCUAACAUCAAUGCAAGAGCUAUUUAAGGCUGUCAGUUCUGCAAAGGAAGCAGAUACACCAACGAAUCCUCCAGGGAAUAGCAGUAGCUGCGACGAAGAGCCCGUGACCGAGCCUGGAAAUGGAAAUCAAAGCGAUCUCAACACUCAUCAGGCACCACAUACUGGAAUUUAUGCAAUCAGAAGCAAAUCCAACUUUUUUUCAGUUUUUAUUUCAAGCAAGAUAGACGCAAAUGAUAUCGUUGGUACUAAUUAUGUUAUCAUCGAUGGAAGUUCUUUUAUCUUUCAAACGUCUGGCGAAAAAGCACUAUGCAAGAAGAGUAACAUUAUUUGCGAAAUAAGCAAAGAUGCAAUGCGAUUAUUUGAUAGCCGUUUGGAAGUAACUGAAGAAACAUUCUGUAAGAUUCUGUCUGACUGUCGAGGCGAAUGUGAUCUGGAAGCCAAUGUAAAUGAAGAAAAUCUAGAAAGUUCCCUCGACUCGGAGGAAGAGGAGACAGACUCUACUGCUCUAACUAACAUUUGGAGUAGGAGGAGAUCAGUGCGACCUCCUCGGCGCAUGGAAGACUUUUUCUAG